UAACUCAUCCCCCCCAAGGCACAAGUUGCCCGUUAAGUAUAAAUCCCAGAGGAGAACUGGCCCACUGCAUAAUCCUUCUUCAGGAGUCUCAGAAGACACACAUUCAACGAUGACCUUCCUUCGCUCAGCAUUUGUGGUCGCCAUUGUUAUGGCUGUGGUCUGCUCAUCCCUGGCACUCCCUGGGGGAUUAGGCUACGGAUUAGGUGGAUUCGGUGGAGGAUUGGGCCAUGGAUUGGGUGGUGGAUUUGGCGGAGUCACAGUAGUCCGUGACGCAUUAGCUUUAUCAAACCUGAGUCUAAUUGUCUUCUUCCGCCAUCUCAUAGACCCGUGGUAAGCAGAGUUGUUACCGUUAGCAAGGGAAUCGGACACGGUGGAUUCGGAGGACUUGGAGGAUUUGGAGGACUUGGAGGAUUUGGAGGACUUGGAGGAGUGCGUUAUGGUGGCUAUGGAUGGUAACAUUUCCCAAUAGCCGACGAAUAAAAAUUUAAUUUAAAAAAUCAAAUAGUAA